GAUGUUGUAGCAGUCAGGAGUUUUGUAAAUAAAUUUUGUAAAUAUAGUGUGUUAAUAAUGGAAUGGAAAUAGAUUGUAAGAAUACGCACUCCCCAUUAAUGAAUUUGAAAUGUAUUUAGUCCCUUAGAGUAGGCAAACGAGCACUUAAUGAGGUGCAAACGCUUCCUUGGGUCGAGGCCAUUUGUUUUCUUGAUAAGGUGGGAGAGAGAAGGCAGCACGGCUAUCGUUCAAGUUAUCCAACGUAGCUGUGUAGUCACGAAACUACACGAAGGGUUUCGGGAAAUGACGCACUUCCGGGUGCGUCCGAGAUACACUUCCCCUUAUCUGAGGCGUGAAAGACUCGAUCAUUUCGUCCGUGAUCGUCUACUGACUUAGAAGUCCCCGCGUUUGUUAGCUAGUGUUUCGUGAGCCAAUUGUAGGUGCCGUUUAGUGUGGUGUUAAAUGUAGUUGAAUAAUUAAAUUUGUUUCGUUCCAAAAAGUAGGCCAAAGUGUGCGUAGGGAAUUGUGUGCGAUUAGUAGAACCUUAAGAAGCUCUAAACGAAGGUUGGCUUUUGUUUCAAUCCCACAGUUCCUCGCACCCAAGCGCGACGACUUCUGCUCCCCAACGGACGAAGAAUUCCCGGCAAUCGCCGAACCGCCGGAAGCGGACGGAUCCGUCUCCAUAUCUGUCCGGGAGGCCCGGGGACCUUCGAGUGGAAGAAUUCCACAUGCUGGUUCGUCCAUUGUCCAGCACAGCCGCAUCAACCGCCAAAACCGCCAUCGCAUUGGUAGGAGCAACCGCCAUUGCGUACCUCAGCUCUGUGAUUGCCACCGAUUGAUCAGCCAAGCCAGUGGGAUCAUCGACCCUAGCAGCAGGUCAUCGACUGCUGCUCAGUAAGCCAACGACAUCUCGGUGAGUCAAACCUUUUCUUUUUUUGGACGGAGUGCGGCGUCCGUUGAGGGCGCCGCGGAGGAUUUUUUUUGCCAGUCUUAGACUGAAGACCGAAAGGUAGCUGCAAAGCCAACAAAACCCCGCUUUUGAAGAACCGGAACCCGUUGAACGACUUCUGCGGAUCAACGUCUUGGCUCCGUGAGAAAUGCGUGCGUGAAACGCCAUCGUUCACCACCGCCAAUCAGUUUCGGGGAAUAGGAGCGCAGCCCAUUACACUGCUGUUCUGCCUAGGAAAAUGACGUCAUUAGAACAUUGAGAGCACUGAGCACAGAUAGUCAGAUAGGGAGGAGUUAGAAUUCGCACACACGCUAGGAAGUAGGAGAGAGGAACGAACACACACUAUGAUACCCUAAAUUUGAAUGUUGUACCCUACUGUUUCCAAUAAAUGUUAAUUAUAUGUCGUUAGAAUGAUAAGCCAAUAAUAAUCGUUUCGUUACAAAUCAAAAUAAAUGUAGAGUACAGAGUUUCCUUCCUAGCCAUUUGAUCAUUUAAUUGCGUUUAUCAUCACAUAGCAUGUUAGUAGUUUCGUUGUCCCGUCCUCCACGUCAGUGAGUUUGAUUGGGUUGUUGAGUGUCUUCCAGGUCAGUGAGCAAUCUAGUGAUGAACGGAGAGAGUCUGCCGAUGAUGAGAACUUCUCACUAGUGAGAUCUUGAGGGUACGGGUGGUCUCUCACCGUUCUCUGAGUGUCGUCGUGACUGUGUAGUUAUGUUGCGAUAAUAGGGUGUUCCCGUUUGGACGUUUUAGUGCGUAGCCAGCUGGAUCGAUCCGUAAAUCCUUUCAGGAAUUUUCAAAUGGACUCGCCCUUAGGGGGUCUCAUCCGGGCAAUAUAAUAUCGGGCGCGUGGUCUCCCUUGUGGAGUGGCGCUUAAGCCACGCGUUUCAUGCUGGAUCGCCCAGCAGCGGCUACAAAUUGGCGCCCAACUAAAGGUCUUCGAGAUAUUUUGAUGAAUUUAUGGAAUGCUUGAUGGAAAAUAUAUAGUUGUGGAAAUUUUGAUGAAGUGUUUAUGGAUAAUUUAAGGUUCACAUGUUGAUAGUUUUUUGGGAUAUUAUGUAAUUUGUCCCGUCAUUGUGGUUUUGUGAAGAAUCUUUGAGUGAUAUUGUGCAUUUUGUAAAUUAAGAUAUUUUUGGGAGAUAUUGAGCAUCGAAAAAUUGAAUUUGCGCAGUGAAUAACAUAUUGAAUUUGAAGUUGUUUAUUAGUUUAUAUAGGUUUAUAUUACUAUCGUGCAUCUUGGUAUUAUUUUCAUAUUUUUUCUGUUUGUUGUUUGUUGAAUUUUGAAUUACUUCCUAAAAAUGGCUGUCAAACUUCCUCAUGCGGACCACUUAAUCAAUGAAGAGGUCGAUUAUGAACUUAGCAUACGUGGGAAAUUUGAGGAUAUAAAUAAUGACGUUGAGGCAAAGUACCGGAUGUUGAGGUAUCUGUUUAAGGAGGACGAGAAGGAGAGAAGGGAGUAUGAAUCGCCGUACACUAUCGACCAGGAGUUCGACAUUAUAUGCUCCAGGGUCGAUGAGUUAAGGAAUAAGUUAGUUAACGGUUUGGACGAUAGGUGUUUUUCCCGACUGAAACAUUAUUGGGGUAGAGUUUACAGAAUCAGAACGAACGACGCUGAGUCUGAGCGGAUGCGGAAGGAGCUGUUGAUAGAAAUCAGGGCGGAACUAAGCAAGUUUGAAGGCAGAAAAGAGCUAGAGGUGCGGCCCGAUCCUUUCAAUUUCGAGGGAGCUGGAAAGACGGUCAAUAACGGUGCAAAACAGAAGGAGUUGGGUAAAACAGGUUCAAAGCAGGAUACAGGAACGGAGACUUCACCAAUAACGCCGGUAGGAACAAAUGUGGAAUAUGCGAGCGAAAGGGAGAGAGCGUUAGAGGCACAAGUCAAAGAGCUGCAUCAGAAGUUGGACUUGCUUUUACGCGGUUCUGAAGGAGCUAAAGGGGGGGACGAAGAAAGUGGAAAAGAGAGCGUAGUCGUGGUAAGUGCAGAUAGAAUUGGACGAAGAGAUACAGGACCUGUAGGUACGUCAGAACUUCGGGAUGAGAGACGGAACCGUCGCGAAAGGUGGGAGGAGAGUCCAAGGGGAUCGGUGAACAACCAACGCGUAAAACAGGCCGUUGUUAACAGAAAGGUAGCAGAAGGAAGAGAGACGGGUAACGGAGAUCGCCAAAGCGUUGAGCGAGGUGGUUACUACCGACAGGAAAGCAGGAAUGGCAGAACGACGAAUGAUCAUGAUUCACGUAGGGGAACUGCUUUGGAACAAAUUGAAGGGCAUCACGGUUGGAACAGUCAGCGCAAUCAACCAGGCGGUGAUAGGAGUCAGGACGAGCGAAUGGAGCGUCCAAAUGAUGGCUUUAGGCAUCACGGAACGAGGCAGUCUUCGCAGAGAAUGGACGCGGACUUCGAUUAUCGACCGGAUCCGGAAUACGAAAUCAGGGAUCAAUGGAGAGAGCGCACAAGGAGAUCAGACGGAUACGACGGAAGAGGUAGAUACCAAGAUCAGCAGUUUAGGCCGUUGUUUCGCGACGAGCAAUUCGGGCGUUCAUACCAGGAAUACCAGCCAGACGUGACGUGGAGACAGCAACAGCGCAGGCAGAGAGAUACCGACCAGCGUCGAUUCGACGAGAAUGGAGAUCAGCACCGUUAUCAAGGUGAAAGGUUUAGACGCGUUGCGGGAAGCGUACCGAGGUUGCAACUAGACUACAGCUCGGACGAGUCUUCAGUGGAUGAAGGCAGGUGGUCCAGAGACCAGGGUCGACCGAAUCGUAGCUUCAGACGGGUUACCGAAGCUGAAAUCCGCGACGCCGAUCGUAGAAUGGAGAAAUGGCACUUAAGCUUCAGUGGAGACGCCCGGAGCAGGUCUUUGGAAGAUUUUUUGUUGAAGGUACGUCGUCUUGCGAAGAUGGACAGGAUUGCUGACGAUGUUCUGAUGCAGAGAAUCCACACGAUUCUUCGGGGAGAAGCGUACGACUGGUACCUGUGCUAUGCGGACGAGUUUCACGAUUGGAAACACUUUGAAGAGAGGAUAAGGUACAUGUACGGCAAUCCCAAUAAGGAUCAGGGGAAUCGCCAGAAAAUAUACGAGCGAAAACAGAACCGGAAUGAGACGUUUCUGAGCUUCAAAAUGGAGAUCGAGCGACUAAAUAAGCUUUUGAGUACACCAUUGGAUCCGCAGCGCAUUUUCGAGGUAAUUUGGGACAAUAUGCGCCCGCAUUACCGGUCGAAGCUAGCGUGUAAAACGGUGGAAAGUUUGCGGAAACUGGAGCACUAUGCGUAUCGGAUUGAUGCCAACGAUCCGGUUUUCAGGAAUGUGCGGGAAACUCCAAGUAAGCCGAUUCACAACAUAGAAGUGGAGCAAAAGGAGGACGAGUCGUACAGUUCAGCAUCCGAAUCGGAACAUGUGAAUGCCAUCGGUAGCAGAUUCGACAAAGACCGAAGAUAUAGAGAUCAGAGAUCAGCGGGUACGAAUGGAAGAAACCAAGAGAGUCCUCGAGAAACUCCGAGUUCCACACAGAUACCCAUGUGUUGGAACUGCAGGAAAAGUGGCCAUCUUUGGAGGAAUUGUCCAGAAGAAAAGAGGCUGUUCUGUUACCUGUGUGGUACACAGGGCAAGACGGUGACGACGUGUGACAAACAUUCGGGUGAAGCUCGAGCACAACAAAUAGAGAACUCGGGAAACUAGUGCUGGAAUGCC